AUGCACGAUGAGAAAACGGCGAAUCAAUAUAUAAUCAAAGAUAAUGGGAAAAAAAGUUCGGGAUCAUGUGAAUUGUAUCCAUCGACACUUUUAAAUAAUGUUCCAAUCGAUAUGUCAUCGGAAUUAACGUGGACAGAUGUGGAAAAAGAAGUAAAAAAUGUCGAAAAAGGCGGUAUUUACACUCCAAGUGAUUGUACUAGUCGGCAGCAACUUGCCAUCAUUAUUCCAUUUCGUUAUCGCGAAAAACAACUUCAGAUGCUUUUACGGCAUCUUCAUCCAUUUUUACAGCGGCAAAAGCGAGCUUAUCGAGUGUUCGUUGUUGAACAGUAUGGCAAUGGCACUUUUAAUAAGGGUUUAAUUAUGAACGUGGCAUUUAAUCAUGCAUCAAAAAUAAUUUCACCUCUGUUUGAUUGUUUCAUCUUUCACGAUGUUGAUCUCAUACCAGAAAAUGAUUAUAAUGUUUACGAAUGUGAACAACAGGGGCCGCGGCAUUUAGCACCGGCCGUUGAUGAAUUACGUUACUUUUUAAUGUACAACGAUUUGAUCGGUGGCGUCCUCGCCUUGACUAAGGAACAGUUCUUCAAAGCAAACGGGUGGUCAAACUUGUAUUGGGGUUGGGGUUUCGAAGAUGAUGACAUGAAUCAUAGAUUACGCCAUGCAGGAUAUCGUAUGAGUCGACCACCGAAUCGUAUUGGUCGUUAUAAAAUGAUUCGUCAUAAAAAGCAAACACCUGCAACAAACCGCUAUGGUACACUAAAUUAUUCUGUUGCUAGCGUUGAAACACGUCCGUUGUACACUCAUAUCUUAGUCAAUUUUACUCGUUCGGCGACGAAAACGAUUGAUCAUCUGUUAGAAGAUAUUCCAAAUGCUAAAUAA